CCGCCGCCGCCGGUCCCCGCCUCUCCCGCUCGCCAUUGCGGCGGCUCAGGGCGAGCCGCGCCGCGUCCCCGCUCCGCUCCCUCCCCGGCCUCCGCCCGCCACAAGGCUCCACGGCGCAGGCCCGCCGCAGCGCAGCCGCUCUGAGCUAUUGAUGGAAGACCACGGGGUGACCCAAACAGAGCACAUGGCCACCAUCGAGGCCCAUGCAGUGGCCCAGCAGGUGCAGCAGGUCCAUGUGGCCACCUACACAGAGCACAGCAUGCUGAGUGCGGAUGAGGACUCACCAUCUUCACCAGAGGACACGUCCUACGAUGACUCUGACAUCCUCAACUCCACGGCUACCGAUGAAGUCACUGCUCACCUGGCUGCAGCAGGCCCUGUGGGGAUGGCAGCAGCCGCUGCUGUGGCGACAGGUAAAAAACGGAAGCGACCACACGUGUUUGAGUCCAACCCAUCCAUCCGCAAGAGGCAGCAGACACGUCUGCUACGGAAGCUCCGAGCCACGCUGGAUGAGUACACCACCAGAGUGGGGCAGCAGGCCAUCGUUCUCUGCAUCUCACCCUCCAAACCCAACCCUGUCUUUAAAGUAUUCGGUGCUGCACCCUUGGAGAACGUGGUACGCAAGUACAAGAGCAUGAUCCUGGAAGACCUGGAGUCUGCGCUAGCGGAACACGCUCCUGCGCCUCAGGAGGUUAACUCAGAGCUGCCACCCCUCACCAUCGAUGGCAUUCCUGUCUCAGUGGACAAGAUGACCCAGGCACAGCUACGAGCUUUCAUCCCUGAGAUGCUGAAGUAUUCCACAGGUCGUGGGAAACCAGGCUGGGGCAAGGAAAGCUGCAAGCCCAUCUGGUGGCCUGAGGACAUUCCAUGGGCCAACGUUCGUAGCGAUGUCCGCACAGACGAACAGAAGCAGCGGGUAUCAUGGACCCAGGCACUGCGGACGAUCGUGAAGAACUGCUACAAGCAGCAUGGGCGUGAGGACCUGCUCUAUGCCUUUGAGGAUCAGCAGACACAGCAGCAGACAACAACCACACAUAGUAUAGCACACCUCGUGCCAUCACAGACAGUGGUACAGACCUUCAGUAACCCUGAUGGCACAGUGUCCCUCAUCCAGGUGGGCACCGGUGCCACAGUUGCCACGUUGGCUGAUGCCUCCGAGCUGCCCACCACAGUCACCGUCGCACAAGUGAAUUACUCUGCAGUGGCUGAUGGAGAGGUGGAGCAGAACUGGGCCACGCUACAGGGGGGUGAGAUGACGAUCCAGACGACGCAGGCAUCGGAGGCCACGCAGGCGGUGGCAUCAUUAGCAGAAGCAGCAGUGGCAGCAUCUCAGGAGAUGCAACAAGGAGCAACUGUUACCAUGGCACUCAACAGUGAAGCAGCUGCCCAUGCAGUAGCCACGCUUGCUGAAGCCACUCUUCAAGGGGGAGGACAAAUUGUCCUGUCUGGUGAAACUGCAGCAGCAGUAGGAGCGCUUACUGGAGUCCAAGAUGCCAAUGGCUUCCUAACAGCAGACUAUUCAGGUUGCAAGUGGAGCCUAGCAGAGUGUUCAUCAGGUCUCGUCCAGAUCCCCGUCAGCAUGUACCAGACCGUGGUGACCAGCCUGGCCCAAGGCAACGGCCCCGUUCAGGUGGCGAUGGCCCCCGUUACCACGAGGAUAGGGGACAGUGCUGUCACCGUGGACGGGCAGGCGGUGGAAGUGGUCACCUUGGAACAGUGACGUUCCCAGAGCCAGGAUCAUGGUGAUUUUCCUCGUCUCUUAAUGCGACUAAGUUUUUUACGCCUCUCCAGAGAUGCAAUCAGGUGGCAUCGAGUCUCCAGCUUUGGAAGCAAAGGGUUUGAGGUUUUGUUAACCUUUUUUUUUCUUUUUUUAAAGGAAAAAAGGAAAAAAAAAAAAAAAAGGAAAGAAAAAAAACCCCAGGAAAACAGGAAUAAUCUUAGCAGAGGAUGUAAGUGCAGCGUGUAAAGUGCAUUUUCACAGCGCCACUCUGCUCUCGUAGGAGUGAGAAGCCAAAUUGUGACGGGACUUUCAUUCCGAGGAGAUCUAAAACGAAAGGAAACAACCCCCUUGUUCCCGAAUUCCCCACUAUGGGAUGGAGCAGGAUGAGGCUUGGAGGGGAACAUGGAUACCUUCAGCCGAAGCUGCUCCCGGGCACGGCCCUCUGCACUUGGCAAAUUAGGUUUCAAAAGAUUUUAACGUGGACUUUUAUAUGAAAGAAAAAUGGAAUAACCACAAAAAAGAAAAAAAGAAAAGGAAAAUAUUUUGGGAAAAGGCUCCUCUCUUGGGAUAAAAUAAAGGAAUGCAUGUGUGACUGCAGGGGGGUGGCAGCCUCGGGAAGGGAUGAUGCUCUUCCAGGAGCCAGCGGAAUGCCGCCCUCCCCGUGCCAUGCUCCGCUCGGCUCCCCUUGGUGCACACUGGAGACCUUGUUCUUAUUCUCUGCUCUCGGAACGUACCUGCCAUUGUCCAUCUUUCUUCUUUUCUUUAUUAUUAUUAUUAUUAUUGUUAUUAUUAUUAUUAUUGCCCGUUUUUUGUGGAUCUAAACCCGAGUGGAAACGCCUCUAGAGGGGCUCUGGCUGCGUCUUUCCCUGCUUGCCCAGCGCCUUCCCAGCACUUCCCUCGCCAAAGAGCCGCCUUGGGCUCAUCCCAGUCCCUGCUAUCACCCCCCAGGACCCCACAUCCUCCCUUCCCAUCUCCAGAGAGUCCGGUUCCCACAGGAAAAGCUUCACUUGAAGGUAUUUGGGGGGGCUACAAGCGCAGCCCCUUCCCUUUGGGAGACCCCUUUGCAUCCCCAACCCUCCCACCUGCCCUUUGUGCAUCUCCAAAGGACUUGUAACCCCCAACAUCCCAAAACCUUUCCAGGAGGGUUAUAAAUAGGCCUUUGGGGGGGGGGUAUUUGGAGGGGGCAAACUUAACGUUCCCAUAGGCCAAACCCUCCCAUCCCAACGGACCCUUCCUCAGCCGCAGCCCCCCCACGCGUGAAGUUGUGCAUCUUAUUUAAUUCUGGGGUUGGUUUUGGGGGGGGUUAAAGUUUUCUUUCCACGUGGCCAUUAACAGAUUCCUCCCCCCAUCCCGCUCCACCUUUGAGGAAGUUUUCAGAUUCUCGUAUUUCCUUGUUUUCUAUGGACAAAAAGAAGAUAUCCCAAAUGUUCUUUGUAUACAUUUCUUCUGUGCUCUUCAACGAGGGGGAGGGAGAUCUUCCCAUAGAAGCAGUCCUGGUUCUCCCCAUGGGCUACCACCAUGAGGAAUUCUUUGGGAAUGAUUAUUUUUCUAUUGUCGUUGUGAAGAUGUCGGUGGCUUUUCCAAGUCAAGUGUUCCUUUGGCGAUGAAAUGACGUCCUUCUUUGUCCCCCUGCCCUCCCCAGAAAGAGACACAAACCAGGCAAGUAGCAGAGCAUGGACCCCCCCUUGUUUUCCCAGUGUCUAUUAUUGCCUCAUUCAAUAAAUUGUUACGACUGUGUCUA